AUGACACGCGCCAUGGUCGACGACGACCGCAACCUGCCCGAUCGCAGGCAAAAGUUCCGUCCGCCCCCAAUCGAUGUUGAGUCAGCCCGCCAGUAUGGCUUCGUGUCCAAGAAGGCUGUUGUCGUCCAAGGACACCCCCACACCCAGUCUCUGCAUGCCGUUGUCAACCCGCCUGUCACUCCCCCUCUCCGGCGCAUGCCCAAGUUGACGAGUCCUCGCCGCGAAGCCGACAGCAUCUCCCCGGCCUCGUCAUACUACUCCGAAGACGAGGUGGGACAGGCCCGCCCCUCCUACAUCAGCCCUCUUCGGGUUCGCAAGGACCUUGAGAGCGACCGCAGUGUUCUACGACGCCACGACCCCCAGAACCGGUCUCCUUGUCCCGACCGUACCAAGUACGAUCUCUCUCCGGUCCGCCGCUCAUCUCUCCGCCGCGGCUUGCAAAAGACCGCCACCACGGGCGACCUGCGCGAGCUUCAAUCAGACGAGACUUGUCCCCAGCGCACCUACUCUCCUCUGUCUGACUACCUUUCAGCCCAGGCCAAGCCCAUCCGGAAGCAGCUUGUCGGAGCCCAUGGCUGGCUGGAGCGUACCACUGGCGCCUCUGACAAGCAGCACAUUUCCGACCAAAAGCCCAUUCCCAAAACAACUCCUCAGAAAAAGGUCGGGUUUCUUGACAGCCUCAGAAAGAUGGCCAAGGAAAUGACUACCUCCGCCAAGGAUAUCACGUCUUCGGCUUCUCGAAAGUCACGCGACAAUGAAAAGCGCCGAUCCCGACUCACGGUCUCUCUAGACCCACGAGAGCAGAGUCUGCUCUACUGCGAGCUCGAGUUCCUGCUGACUACUGCUCUUGACGGCUAUAUCAGCAGCCAGUUCAACGCGGGUCGCCUCGAGGCCGACAAGUACAAGAAGAUCGUGGACGGCUGGCAGCAGCGUGGACGCCCCAAGGUCAUCGGCUUCCGCUACGACCUCGAGACCCAGUUGGACCUGAUCCUCCUUCACAGCGAGGACUUCCGAUUCUACGGCAAGCGCGCUGGCCUCAUCGCGGCUGUCAACGGGGUGCUUGACAUGAUGCGUGUUGACGCUCGCGCCAUGCGCAUCCGCACAUUCUGCCAACCCGACACCGUAAUUGCUAAGCAACUCCUGGAUUCUCAGUCUCUGUUCAACCUCGUGGGCUGCUGUGAGCAGCAGCAGAUCCAACUGGCCGAGGUCAUCCAGUUCUUCAAAGUCAUCUUGGAGCGGGAGCAGAACUUUCGACAGCACCAGAACGAGGGCGGCACGGGGCAAGCAGACCCAGGCGAGGCCCGCGGGAGUGUCGGAUCCGGCACUGGUUCUCAGUCCAGACAGAAGCAAUUUCUUGAUUAA